GUCGCAUAACAUGGUAUUGGAGGAAGGGGGAGCUGGGGGGAGCAACGUAGAUUCACAGGAAAAGUACGCAAGUAUACGAAGAUUCAGCUGGAUUCAGUACAUCCAGGGUGGACGCCUCCUUGACCUCGAGGAGGCUCCAGUCAUAACCUGGAAUUAAUAAAGUGCGGUACCGUGUCCAUAAAUAUACAAGGAAAUUUAAGACGGAAAAGAAGAGGAGGUCUAAAAGGUUACAAAGAGGAGAUCUGGAAGAUCCGGAGCAACUCUCUAUUGUAUCCGAUCUUUAAGAUCAAUUCGGAGUUUGGCCCCUUUUCUAUCUGCGCCCGUCGACUGCCAACUUAUCUCCGACGAGCCUUGAUUCAACGAAUUCAAGAUGUCGGAAAAACUUCCGAGUAAUCAGCCACAGCCCAUUGUUAAGAUAGGCCACUAUACAUUAGGUCAGACUUUAGGUGUGGGUACAUUUGGCAAAGUAAAAAUUGGAGAACAUGUUUUAACGAAACACAAAGUCGCGGUAAAAAUUCUGAAUCGCCAAAAAAUCAAAAGCCUAGAUGUUGUGGGUAAAAUUCGCAGAGAGAUACAAAAUCUGAAGCUCUUCAGACAUCCUCAUAUCAUUAAGCUAUAUCAAGUCAUAAGUACGCCCACAGAUAUAUUUAUGAUAAUGGAAUACGUCUCGGGAGGAGAGCUGUUCGAUUAUAUUGUUAAACACGGCAAACUGAAGGAAUAUGAGGCGCGCCGAUUUUUCCAGCAGAUCAUAUCAGGCGUCGAUUAUUGUCAUCGACAUAUGAUCGUGCAUCGUGAUCUGAAGCCAGAAAAUCUUUUGUUAGAUCACAAUCUCCACGUGAAAAUUGCGGACUUCGGUCUGUCAAACAUGAUGAUGGACGGCGAGUUCUUGCGUACUUCGUGUGGCUCCCCGAAUUACGCCGCGCCAGAAGUCAUAUCUGGCAAAUUAUAUGCCGGGCCCGAAGUCGAUAUCUGGUCUUGUGGCGUUAUAUUAUACGCGCUGCUUUGUGGUACCUUGCCAUUUGACGAUGAACAUGUUCCUACUCUUUUCCGCAAAAUUAAAUCUGGUGUUUUUCCUAUUCCGGAAUAUUUGAACAAGAGUGUUGUCAGCCUGUUAUGCCACAUGUUACAAGUAGACCCAAUGAAGAGAGCGACUAUUGAAGAUAUUAAAAAACACGAGUGGUUCCAAAAGGAUUUACCAUCGUACUUAUUUCCAUCACCUGUCGAGCAAGAUUCUUCAGUUAUUGAUAUAGAUGCUGUGAAUGAAGUAUGCGAGAAGUUUAACGUGAAAGAACCGGAAGUACAUUCCGCACUGCUGGGCGGCGAUCCACAUGAUCAACUGGCCAUCGCUUAUCACUUGAUUAUAGAUAAUAAGAGAAUCGCUGAUGAAGCUGCUAAAGCGGAAUUAAAAGACUUUUAUGUGGCAUCUAGCCCUCCACCAGUGGCGUUUAGUCCAAACGAGGCGAACAGCAGUCCGUUGAGGCCUCAUCCAGAGAGAAUUGCACCAUAUCGCGAACGUCAAGGUUCACAAGGCAGUGCACCCGCGCAGAUGCAAGGUAAUCGUGGUACGCCUGUGAAAAGGGCGAAAUGGCAUUUAGGAAUCAGAUCACAAUCAAAGCCCAACGACAUUAUGAAUGAAGUUUAUCGUGCUAUGAAGGCGCUUAAUUUUGAGUGGAAAAUCGUAAACACAUAUAGCGUCAGAGUAAGACAUAAAAACAAUUUGACCGACAGAUAUAGCAAGAUGUCGUUACAAUUAUAUCAAGUUGACCAUAAGAGUUAUUUAUUAGACUUUAAAUCCUUAUCCAGCGAAGAAGAGGAUAUUGGACGAGAUCCAACAUUGCCACCUCCACAAGCAACAGGCCAUCACACAAUGGAAUUUUUCGAAAUGUGUGCAGCAUUGAUUACGCAAUUGGCACGAUAGCGUGCCUGCUUCUUUUUUAAAGUUAUAUUAAAUAUUGUUAUAUAAAGAGUUUUUAAAUCAUCGAUUAAUCAAUCGCAUUAUGCGUGAAUACAGUUUUUUUAAAGUGGCAUUUGCGUAUAAUACAUCGAUCAAUCGAUGAAUUAGAAAAUUCAUCUUUAUUAUGCUUUUAACAUUGUAUAGUUUGAAAUAAAUCCAGGUACUGUAAAAUACAUUAUGUAAGUCUUGUCCUUUACAAAAUAAUUUCAAUAAAGGCAAUAUUUUUCGAG